AUGAAACUCAAUGUGGGGAUAUUUUUUGGAGGCUUCUUUGCAGCUCUGGGGGUUUUGCUUUUUUUGGUGGCAUUUGGAACUGAUUAUUGGCUUCUUGCAACAGAAAUAGGAAGGUGUUCAAAAGCGCCUGAAGAUGCUAAGGCCACUUUCCAUCAUGAAGGCUUCUUCUGGAGGUGCUGGUUCAAUGGAAAUGUAGAAGAGAAUAAUGUCAGCAUGUGGAAUUUCUGGUAUACCAACCAGUCACCUUCUAAGAACUGUACACAUGCUUACCUGUCACCAUUUCCUCUUAUCCAAGAUGAACAUAAUUCAACCUCCUAUGACUCUGCAAUCAUUUAUCGAGGUUUCUGGACAGUUCUUAUGCUCCUGGGAGUGCUCACUAUUGUGAUGGCUAGUUUCUUCAUCAUCUGUGCAGCUCCUUUUGCCAGCCACAUUCUGUACAAAGCAGGAGGAGGCUUUUUCAUCAUUGCUGGUGUCUUGUUUUCGAUGGUAGUCGUGAUGUAUGUCAUCUGGGUCCAGGCGAUGGCUGAUCUGGAAAACUACAAAAACAUGAAAAAAAUGGAUUGCCCAGACUUUGCUGUUUAUGUACACUAUGGCUGGUCUUUUAUGCUGGCUCCUAUAGGAGUAUUCUUUGCUUUAUUAGCAGGAAUUCUGUUCUUGUUGGUAGGGCGUGCCAUAUAUUUACACUCUGACUAGUCAUACGCUGCUGAAGGGAAUACAGGAAUCCUAGUGAAACUUCAUGACAGUUGUAAACUGGAACACAAUUUUAUACAUUGUUACCAUUAUAGUGAUCCUAAGUGUGCAGGCAGACUUCUGGAAGUUCUGUUACUUGUUUAAGGGUAAAGGACACAAAACUCAAUACAGGAAGAAAGCACCUUUAGUCCUAACUAGUUGUUUUUAAUUCUUUGGAAAGUACCCACAUGGUUCUCCAUACUGUACUAUUAGCAGCAUUUUUGCAGUUUUGCCAACAGAGGAAGACAAAAAUUUUCUGCAACCAAAAGCCCAACAUGAAGUGGGCCAAAUCAACAUUUUAUACAUUUGUUUUUUAACAUUUACUUUGUGCUUCUGCUUGU